GGUUAGUUCGGCUGUUGCGGCGCAGAGCUGGUGGACGCGGGGGCGGCGACGCACCAAACCGGGCCAAGUUCACAGCAAAGGUGCCACUACUACACAACCCAACAGCCAUGUCGGAGCGAAGGAGGAUCUCUGGAUGUGACUGCGCUCAGUCUUACUACUACUGAGCGUGUAGGUGAGAGAGAGCAGAGAGGAGGAGAGGAGGAGAGGAGGGCUGCUUUUCUGCGUUUGUGGAUAUCGCCUUUCUUCAUGGACGGGCAACGGGGCUUUUACGAGAUGGAGAACCCGACAGAGAACCCCAGCAAGGCGGCGGAGUAUCUCAAAGAGCUCAAUAAGAUCAUCGAGACUCAGCAGGGUCUGCUGGAGAAGCAGAGGAUCCGGAUCGAGGAGCUGGAGCUCCAGGUGACGGAUCUUUGCAAGGAAAACGCCUGUCUGAAGGACCAGCACCAGCGGCACCUGACCACCUGCAGACUCCAGCAGGGCAACCACUCCACGCUGGGGGCCAUCAAGGAGAAUGUCAUGCAGGAAAAGCGGCACACCUCAUUGCCUAUAGAAGUCUCUGAGAUCCCUCUAAACCUUAUUGCCCCUCCGUGUAGAAGAAGUUACCCCUGUCGGAAAUGGAAGUCUGCAUCGUUUGGACCAGACUCAGAGGUCUCCGGCUCUGCCAUGAUUCACAGACGCCACCAUCACUCUGUGGAAGGUGAUGCUCCGGGCGGUGAGGUGGGAGCCUCUGUGGACCCCAGCGGCGGCUACAGUUGCGUCCCAGUGACCCACAGCGGCGGGCUCGGUCCCGACCACCUGGACAGCCAGCUCUACGGACACAUCCUGCUGCCUGGGCACCUGCGGCCCCGCCGGCCUAAGCUCCAGCACUCCCAGUCCAUCCUCCGCAAGCAGGCAGAGGAGGAGGCCAUCAAGCGAUCCCGCUCGCUGUCGGAGAGCUAUGAGCUCUCAUCUGACCUACAGGACAAGCAGGUGGAGAUGCUAGAGCGCAAAUAUGGUGGGCGUUUCAUAACCCGGCAUGCUGCCCGCACCAUCCAGACAGCCUUCCGCCAGUACCAGAUGAACAAGAAUUUUGAGCGUCUGAGAAGUUCUAUGUCUGAGAACCGCAUGUCCAGACGAAUUGUCCUAUCCAAUAUGAGAAUGCAGUUUUCCUUUGAAGGACCUGAAAAAGUCCACAGCUCCUACUUCGAGGGAAAGCAGGUGUCGCUAACAGAUGACGGCACCAAGAUCGGUGCAUUGGUGCAGUCAGAGCAUAGUGGAGAGAUGGGUGUGCAAGCCAAGACCCCUACAGCACAGAGUGACUUCACAGACGCCAUCACGGAACUCGAAGAUGCCUUUUCCAGGCAGGUCAAAUCUCUAGCUGAGUCCAUUGAUGAUGCUCUAAACUGCCGCAGCCUACAUGGUGAAGACAGUCAGUCAGAGCCAGGAAGAAGCCUCCAGGACAUGAACAGGGAGGUCAGCUGUCAGGUGAAACCCUCACACACCUCAGAACACCGCAAACUGGACGAGAUGACGGCAUCUUACAGCGAUGUCACCCUUUACAUUGACGAGGAAGAGCUGUCACCCCCUCUGCCUCUGUCUCAGUCUGUAGAUCGACCCUCCAGCACAGAAUCAGACUUGCGCCAACGUUCCCUCAACUCCUCCCAGGAUUACUGGUCCUUGGCUCAUAAGGAUGAAAAAGGGGACACGGACACCAGCUGCCGCAGCACACCUUCCUUAGAAUGCCAAGACCAGCGUUUGCGGGUGGACCACCUACCCUUACUGACCAUAGAGCCUCCCAGCGACAGCUCUGUGGAGCUGAGCGAUCGUUCUGACCGCAGCUCUUUGAAGAGACAGAACGCCUACGAUCGGGCCCUCAGCAACCAGCAGAGCAGCCCCAAACACAUCAGCCACAGCCUGCCACCUCGAGGGCCUUCCAGAGAAGACGAUGCCUCCCGCCAUCGACCCCGACAACUGGAGGCCCACCUGGCUAUCAACGGUACAGCAAACCGACAGAGCAAGUCAGAGUCUGAUUUCUCUGACGGUGACAAUGACAGCAUCAACAGCACAUCGAACUCCAACGAUACCAUCAACUGCAGCUCCGAGUCCUCAUCCAGGGACAGCCUGAGGGAGCAGACGCUCAGCAAGCAGACAUACCACAAAGAAACUCGCAACAGUUGGGACUCACCUGCAUUUAGCAAUGACAUCAUUCGCAAGAGGCACUACCGCAUUGGUCUAAACCUCUUCAACAAGAAACCAGAAAAAGGCAUCCAGUAUCUGAUAGAGCGAAACUUUGUUCCAGACACUCCGGUGGGUGUGGCUCACUUCCUGCUCCAGAGGAAAGGCUUGAGUAGGCAGAUGAUUGGCGAGUUCCUGGGGAACAGACAGAAACAGUUCAACCGAGAUGUCCUUGACUGCGUGGUGGAUGAAAUGGAUUUCUCAGCCAUGGAGCUGGAUGAAGCACUUAGGAAAUUCCAGGCACACAUCAGAGUCCAGGGAGAAGCCCAGAAGGUCGAGCGGCUGAUAGAGGCCUACAGCCAACGCUACUGCAUCUGCAACCCUGGGGUGGUGCGACAGUUCAGGAACCCCGACACCAUCUUCAUCCUGGCCUUCGCCAUCAUCCUCCUCAACACAGACAUGUACAGCCCCAACGUCAAGCCUGAGAGGAAGAUGAAACUGGAGGACUUUGUGAAGAACCUUCGGGGAGUGGAUGAUGGGGAGGACAUCCCCCGGGAAAUGCUGGUAGGGAUAUAUGAACGGAUUCGCAAACGAGAGCUCAAGACUAAUGAAGACCACGUGUCUCAGGUUCAGAAAGUGGAGAAACUGAUUGUUGGAAAGAAGCCGAUUGGCUCUUUACACCAUGGUCUUGGCUGCGUACUAUCUCUACCCCACCGGAGACUCGUCUGUUACUGCAGACUUUUUGAAGUGCCCGACCCCAACAAACUGCAAAAGCUGGGCCUGCACCAAAGGGAGAUCUUCCUCUUCAAUGACCUGCUAGUGGUUACAAAAAUUUUCCAGAAGAAGAAGAACUCUGUGACGUACAGCUUCCGGCAGUCCUUCUCCCUUUAUGGCAUGCAAGUGCUGCUCUUCGAGAAUCAGUAUUAUCCCAACGGAGUUCGUCUGACCUCAGCCAUUCCCGGAGCUGACAUCAAAGUCCUCAUCAACUUCAAUGCACCCAAUCCUCAGGACCGCAAAAAGUUCACAGACGAUUUGCGAGAAUCUAUUGCAGAAGUCCAAGAAAUGGAGAAGUACCGGAUAGAAUCUGAGCUAGAAAAACAGAAGGGCGUGGUGAGACCCAGCAUGUCCCAGAGUUCGGGGUUAAAGAAGGAUACAGGAAAUGGUAACCUGAGCCGAGCGAGUCUAGACGACAGCUACGCCAUCGGUGAAGGUCUGAAGAGGAGCGCCCUCAGCAGCUCCUUGCGUGACCUCUCGGAUGCAGGCAAGCGUGGGAGACGCAGCAGUGCAGGAUCACUAGACAGCAAUAUGGAAGGGUCCAUCAUUAGCAGCCCUCAUAUGCGGCGGAGAACCCCCUCCAGCCGAGACUGCCCGUCCCGCCACAGUGGCCAGUCGCUGCCCAACUCCUCCUCGCUGCUCGGAUCUCUGUUUGGCACCAGGCGGGUCAAGUCCCCCAGCCCCACCCCUCUGCACCCCACCCUCAUCUCCCACACCCCCCACCCGGCCAACCUGCACCACACGGCCCGCGUGGAGACGGACGCAGGGCCGGGCCCCAUGCACCCGCACCACGCUCAGUUCUGCCACAUGACCCAGAACCCGCCGCCUUACCACCACCACCACCACUACCACCCGCCGGCCCACCUGCAGCACCCCCCGCACCAGUACCACCCGCCCCCGUCGCACGGCCAGCAGCCGCCCUACCCGCCUCACUCUCACGCACAGCACGGCCACGGCAGCCACCCGGCACACUCCUCCCACCCGGCCCACGGCUCCCACCACCACGGCCCGGCGCCACCGCCCUCCCAGGGCCCCAGCAGCACCAAGCCCAAGCACAGCGGCAUCAGUACGGUGGUGUGAGGGGCACACGGGGGCCUCUCCGGGCCCCUCUGACUGAAUUUUCAUUUUUUCCUCCGAGGCUCUCGGCUGACGAGACGGUCGCACUGUGCAUCACUGGUCUGGGGAUGAAAAGCUAGAUGAGAUCCUGUGCCUCCUUCAGCUUUUUGUUUGUUUGUUUGUUUGUUUGUAGCUCAGUGGGGCAAUUUAUUCAGUUUUUUCUUUUCCGCUUGCUCCUUUCAACACAUUUCAGGUCAUAAUUCACGUCUGCCUGCUCCAGGUGCAGCAGACAAACAUUGCAAAAGCAUGCACAAAGACCACAACUACUGUUUCUCCUCAGUAAAUUAAAGGAACACGAUCAAAUAUCUUGCUUACUAGUAUUUUACCGAAGAACUAAAUAGUAAUCUCGACUUAAAUGUCUACAAAGUGAUUUUAUCUAGUGUGAGGUUAGUGUGGCUGGACAGACACAGUCGGCCUCAGCAGUAGCUGGACGAGUAUUUAAUGUAGCGGUAGCUCACAGUGCACUGUGAUAUCUUUGUUAGCAGUGAUAAAUGUGCCAAUUAUUGAAGCAUUUACUAAUUUAGUCACAAAAAUUGCUUUAUGUAUAUUGUGCAUAGUAUUUUGUAAAAUAAUAAUAUCAACUGUUAUAAUUAUUAUUACCAAACAAAUGGCAUCAAAUAAGACUCAGUAUUAUACUCACACAUAGGAGACAUACUUUCACUGUUAAGAAACCAAUCAAAGCUUUUAUUAGUUAAGUCGAUGUAAGCUGGAACACUACUGUAAAUGGUUGCCUUUGAGUUAGAACUCCGUUGACGAUUGUUGAGGGCUGGUGAACGCCGGCCUGCCCACAGUCUCGUCCACUGUCUUUGGUUCGGAGUCGUCUCUCUUGCUCUGGAAAACGGAAGCCACAGCGAGCUGCUGAGCAAACAGGUUCUUCUGAAUGUCCGCCCUUCAGUGCUGGCUGCUAGCCCGCCCUCAUUUUAUUUUUUUAAACUAUUUUUUUAGAGUCCAAUAAACAAUAUGAAUAUAUUUGUCGUACUGCGAACCUGGUUCAGAUUCUUCAAGUCUGCGCAGCGGGAAGAGGAGGAGGGGGAUUUUUUGGACGUGGAAACUGGAGGAGUCUGUGCAAACUGUGCAGCAGGGAAACAGCAACAGGACUGUCCCAGUGGUGAAGCUCUCAGCUGGCUGAGUGAGCCCCGUCCCUCUUCGGUUGCACCGAGCGUCUCUGGAGCAGCGAGCCAUCAUGCAGGGCUGUUCACUCCCUCCAUCUGACUCUUUUUCCUGGGAGCCACACAGACGCCACAGUACUAAAAAUCAGUAAUUAUCAUUCUGUGAUGGUGACAGCGCCCUCAUGCUUCACUCAACACAAAUGGCAGUUUUUAUAUCAAUCAUCUUUCUGACAUAUUAUGGGAUGGCUGACUGUACCUCCCAGCCAAUCCUGUGCACAGUAUCUGUGGAGUGGCAGGGGGCUGGUGUGCUGGAGCAUAUUUUCCGUUGAAAGUGAUAGACACAGCACUUGUUCUACUUAGUUGAUAUCAGUGGCAGAAAUUAGUCUGUAUCUGCUUAAAGACUCUGAGAUGCAUUUUUUUUUAACUUGUGCAAUAUGUAUUUACUUUUUUUGUUGUUGUCCAAGAACACUUUGCAAUCUGGUGGUUGUUCAUUUUGCUUUAGUUCUGUUAGUUUCCCCUUUUUUUUGUCCUUUGUCAUUUCUUCCUCAGUGUUUGUGAGUAUCCACAUGGAUUUGGAUGGACUGGAUCUUCUGCACCGAUACAGAAUGUCACGGAAAAUAAUUGCAUGUAACAGUGUAUUUUGACGAGAUUUUCAAGCUAUUGUGUAUUCCCGACCUAUAUCAGUGUUAUGGUUGACAGUUGUUAAAAUGGUAGAAUAGUUUUGACUUCUUCAACUACAGCCAACCGAAGUCAACUAUGUGUUUGUGUCACUCCAGACGAUAACCGAAUCUGUAUCUUUUCCUGAUCUGUAUACAGUACAGUAGUUUACUGGAUCUUAGUGUACAACCAUAGUUCAAGCUGGAUCUUAUCACAGCUGUAAAGGGGGGAAAUGUUCUUUUCCAACACAAAUUUCUGUUAUCUUUAGAGCCGGCAUGACAAAAAGAUGUACUCUGUCAUCUGAAAAUUAAAGUGAUAAUUGAGUAUUUAAACUGGAACUCUCUAAUCUUCACAUUGUCUCUGUCAGGAGCGAACACAUUGCUGUUGUCAAGUGAUAAACAGUAGAUCAGUAUUCUUAAACAAUUAUGUCCUCAACUUUUCAAAUAAACCACCUUUUCAACAGGAUUCGUAAUUGGAUUUAUUGAUAAAAUUAAUUGUCUGUUAGUAAACUUUUUUUUAAUGCUCCUUAUAUCAGCAAUAACCCACUUAGAAGACAACUUUUGAGUUUUUAAAAUAGAGUCAGGGCUGGUGUCCUUAUACCUUAUAUGAGUGGAUCCAUGUUUUUGUUUGGAUUUAUGUAUGAAGAUAAGCAGUGCACCACAGCUGCUGCACCGAUGAAUGCUAAUAAGACAUGACAAUCUGUCACAGUUUUUGGCAAAUGAUUAUUAACCCUGGCUGAUGUCUAAGCUGUUGAGUAUCUAAAUUGAUCAGAAGAUGAGAUGGAUUUGAGUUUCUCGCCACUUCUGUGUAACAAUUUCCUGGAAGAAAAAUACCACAAAGUGAUCCCAACCUGGCAACCCAGUUGUUCCUUUUAAUGAUUUAUGACUGAUUUAACUGGCAUUAUUACUGCAUUUAUUCACCUUUAAUUUUAAGCUGACAAUUGCAACAUUUACCAUUAUCUUAACUCUACUAAAUGCACUGUAGAGUGCUGUAGAAUCUAAUAUUUGUGAUCUGUAAAACAUACAACAAUCAAAGCAUGUAGUUUAUGUCAGGAAAGUGCCAAUACUGCACUUUAAAAUCAGUUUAGUAACCAGUAUAGUUGCAAAAUUUUUCAGCUCCUCAGGUGACAAAUUCUGUCUUUAGACUACAUCCUGAUUACAAACUAGUUGUUAAGGAAUGCAGCGAACAAAAAGCUUCAGUUAGUUUUAUUACAUCCUGAUUACAUCAAUUCACAACCAUCCAGAAGACUGAUUUAUUGUAAAACCUGUCCAGAUUCCAUGUGAGGUGCUUUGUUGCAUGCCAUUGAUGCCUAUUGUUUCUUUACUUCUUCUCUCUCUCUCUCACUUUUUUUUUUUUAAACUGUUCUAUCAAGCAGCAUGCUUGACUCGACCCUAAACUUUCAGUGUAGCUUUGAUUUCUCUCUGGCUGAUGCUUGUUUACAUUUAUAUGAGUUCUGGCCCGCUAGUGUGUCUCUUCAUUUUUAAAACUUGUGUCAUUCUACUCCGGCAUGCAUUUCACCUCUAUUUCCACUGUACAAUAUGAAGACGCAGCAGUGUACUGCUGAGUGUAAAUAGCAAAAAUCCACCUGGGGAAAUCUAAUGUAGCACGAUGAAACGAAGUGGGUUUGAAAUUGAGCAAACGUUUUAAAGGAUGGGUAGUAAAGAAUGAGAAACAUAUGUAAAUAGUCUGUAAACUAUUAUUAUUAUUAUUAUUAUUAUUAUUAUUAUUAUUAUUAUUAUUAUUAUUAUUAUUAUUAUUAUUAUUAUUAUUAUUAUUAUUAUUAUUAUUAUUAUUAUUAUUAUUAUUACAACUCAUUGUCUGCUGUUACACUGAAGGUGCAUUCUUGCUCCCCUCUGAUCUUUACAUAAUCAUCAAACUGCUUCUCUCUGCCUCCGACAGGACUGAAUUAUCAUAGGAUCUAGAGAUGAACAGCCAACUGUUACACGGUUAACACUGCUUCUUAUUACCUGAGACGCUCCUGUUUUCUCACAGCCCACUUUUGAAGUCAAAUGGAAGGGAGGAGUGCUCUUAUUUUAUUAUGCAUUCUGUUUCUAAGUAGACAAAAACCCUAUUGAUGUAAAACUAGUACUGUGACAAUGUUGAGAACGCAAAAUAAAACAAUAUACUGUAAAACCUGA